AUGAGUUGGAAAUUCUCCAUGAACGACUUUUGCGAGGCGCAGCAGCAGUUCGCUGCCUUGACAAAUCCGCUCAUGGGCUCGGUGACCGGCUCUACUGGGCUUGUGGCACCGCAGGCGGUCUUCCCGUCACCUGUUAUAUCAUCAAAACGGCCUUUGGAUCUGGGUCGGCAGCUAAAGACUUCCGUUGCAAAGGCAGAUAUUACCCAUCCUACACUCUCAAAGACCAACGCCAAUGUAGUUGCUGGAACACUCGCAGCCAGCAAGCAACACGAAGACAGCUCAAGACUCUGCCAACGAUGCUGGUGGGCCUCCAGCCGCUCAUCAGAGAAUACUCCUUGCGCUUCUCGAGGGUCCAGUCGUCAAAGUGCGUGUGACACAACCCAGCUUGCAGGACCUACCGGUAGAAGCAAAAAGUGGGGCCUUCCAAGAGCUCUUCCAUCUCACUCCUCGCUCUUCUUCAAAGUCGCAACCCGCAACAUGACAGACGCAUACAGUAAAAAACCCAUCGAGCUGCCCGGAUACCAGCCAGCAGUGUUCGCAAUGUUUCUCGAGUGGAUGUAUUGGGGUUCGUAUAAUGCACCAAAUGGUGUGUUCGCUUCCGAAUGUGGGCAUGAUAUCGAGGCAUGGAUCCUUGGAGAUAAACUCGAGGCAGCGGGGUUCCAGAACGUUGCUAUGAAUCAUCUGUACCUACAGUAUAAUGCUCCGGACAGCCUGAAGCCUCUGACGAUCGAGACGGUCACUCAUGUAUGCGCAAGGACGGCGACAGGGUCCCCACUGCGCCUGUUUCUCCUCGACGUACUGGCCCAACACUUCACAGGCAACGAACGCGCCAAAGGCGCUCUAGAAGACUGGGAUGUGGCUUUGCAAAAGUAUCCAGACGCGCGGUUGCUCUUACUUGCUGGCUUCAGAACCUACGGCUCAUCGGGCUCUUCUGUCAAGCCGAAGAAGAACUAUCUGGUCAAGUCCAAGAAAGUACACUCGAUCAGGGAAACUGGGUCUGCCGUACAGCUCGACACAACGGUGAGUGCAGAUUCCUCCGCCUAA